UCAGUGACAACUCGCUCGAGAAGAAUGUUAGAGGAUCCCACGAAGAAAACAAAGCCAUGCCCAAAUUUCAGGUCAAAUGGGGGCUAUGAUCGUCGGGCUCUGCUUCUUGCUCACUCUCAAGAGCUUAGAAAUGAAGGGUCCCAAAAUGUUCCAUCACACACCAAUCAAUCGUGGCCUAAAGCUAAAACCAAGCCGAAGGGUAUAUGGUUAUCUCAACCAUGGUGGCGCUCAAGUACGUGUGGUUGUGAACGAGUGGUAGCAUGCAAAGAGAGCAAAGAAAGAGACCCAAAUGCCUCCCCGUUUUUGAGUAAAAUGAAGAUCACGCUGAAACAAUUGUCGUGCAAGAAAAUCUAGUGGUAAAGAAGAUUAUGAUGAUUGUGGGUGUUAUUUAGGGCGUCCAAUAUAUUUUAUUAGUACAACGAUGUUAUGGUGUUCUUUUCUUUUCUUUUUUCCUUCCUUGGUAUUUCUCAUUGAAAAUGAUCGACAUGUUUCGUUUGGUUUUCUAAGAUUGACAUUCAAAAGAGAGAUGGGGAAAAGUAAAUAUUAUAGACUUGAA